CAACAUAGGUGUAUGUUGACGUUCGACCUUCCCGUCAUCCACUUGCAUACUUGCACAACGUGAAACAUGGCUGAUCAAGGCAGUAAAGGGGGCUCGGACGCUGAAUUUGCCAAGAGAAUUGACCCAGCAAAGGAGAGUUUGACGCGUGAGCAGUUGCAGUUUAUCCAGCAAGUGGAAAUCGAACAGUGGAAGAAGAGAUCACAGAAGCUACGGGGUCGAAAUAUGGCCACGGGCCUUGCAAUUGCCGCUAUGGUGACGGGCAUCUAUGCCUACACGAUCUACGCGGUGAAACAGGAGAAGAUCAUGGACGAAAUUGAUGAGGAGGCCAAAUUUAUCAGAUCGCAAGGAGCAAAAACGGGUGCCAAUUGAGAAAGGAUAUGUGUACCAACGGGCUUCGUCUGGCGUGUCCUUAAGCUUGGACACUUGUUUGCACUGACUUUUUGGACUGAAGGGGACGAACAUGUUUUUUUACCCUCUGCUGACAGUUUGUUCUACCAAAUUGACACUAGGGGGCGCAAGAAGUCAACAUUUUGCAAGUCUGUCAGCCUUCUUAUUUCUGCAGUCUUUGACUGUUUCGAGGACUGCUAACAUGUCUGAUCCGGGAGGGGGUAAUGUCUUUAUGUCUGUGUACAUAAUAGAAACUGUGUUCAUGUGUUUUAUUUACUUUCAUUGCUCACACUACCAUCAAGUGCUUGUUUAAUGACAGGCAAUGGAACAUACUAAAGUGGAAAUUAAGUCACAUCCUCAGCAGGAUGUUAAUGAAAAUAUCAUACAACACUGACUGUGGUAAUUGUAAUUAAAUGGUAGGAUAAUAUUGUAAGACUGGCAAACCUGAUUUUUCAAGAAUAAAUUAUACAGUGUCA